AUGGACGACUUCCUGGCAGCCGUUGGCGUGCAGGCCAUGAGAUACGCCAUCCGGUCUGGCAUCGCCUUCACCUCGUCCUAUGCCAUCGGCCAGUGCUCUCGCCUGCUAAAGGCAGUCGACGACAAGAGUCUCCAUUCCGAGCUGAAGACGCUGCAGAAACAACUCGAUAGCAAGAUCAAGGUCAUUUCUCCUGCGAUUGACUUGGUCGAGUUCAAAUCUGGACGAGGAAACGUCUUUCUCGAAGCUGCCCUCCCUCUCGCUAAAUCACUACACCAGCAGAUUGUCUCGCUGGGCCGCCGUGUGGAAGCUACCGCCGCGGUCGAGGAGCAUAGCCACCGCUCAGGGACCAACCCACCAAACAAAGCAGCCAGCCACGAGGCGUUGAAGAAGGUGGUUUUGGACUUGAAGAAUCUUCUGGCUGAGAUUGAUCGAGAUAUUCCUCUCUUGCAACUGGCUAUAUCGGCAUCUGGAGAAAGUCUGUCUACUUCUCUCCCUGCUGGUAUAUCUCCCUCUCGGCUGCUUCAGGCCAGCACCCUCUUGACCGUCGGAGACACGCAGUUCGUACAAGACCCAACGAGAUCUGUUCAGAUUGGACCUUCAUUCACGUUGUCCAUCUAUAUGCUGUUUCUGGGACAUGCUUCUUUGGCGGCUUCGCUUCAAGAUGGCAAGAUACAGCCAGGCGCUGCAAGUAACCAUCAGCAAAGUCUCAACCAGAACGGAGAUGCACAAUCACAAGGACCAACCUAUGGGCUAGGGGAGCACGACAGAAAGCCUUUGUGGCAGGAGGCGAUCCAUAAGGCGCGAGUACGUCUAUGCAGAUCAGCUUUCACCCCAGCCAUCGAGGGAGGCCCCUCCCACGGGCAGAAUCACAGUAACGUUGGACCCGACGGACCACUGAGCUAUGCCUAUCACCUCGAAAUCGUCGAAGAUCUGGACGACGGGCGUGCUCAUGAAGGGGAUGGCGCACCGCAACCGUUCAACGGCGUCUCAAAAGCCGGCAUUCGAGAGUUGAUACCGAUCCACCAACUCUCCAAGAUAUUCUACACAGACACUGGCAAAAUACUCAACUUUGGGGAUGGGACGGAGGGAGAAAACAACCCGGUUCUGCUGCUGAAGCGAGAUAUCAAUGCAUCUCGACCGCGAAGGCCAGAAGACGACAUUUCUGGCGAGAUGUACAGUGCCGCCAGCGAUCAGAAGCAACAGGACGCAAACGAAGAUCAACAAGCCGACGUAGAUCGACAGUUGCUCGGAGAGUCCAGUAGCUCUGAGAGUCUCAAGGACAGCUGCGCUACCGCUCUGCCGAAACACCUCGACCCUGAGUGGAUCGCCUUUGAAGUCUUUGAAGAGGACGACGAGGGAAGUGAUGCAAGCUCAAGCGCAGGCCCCGAUGCGGAAUCACCUGACGAGACUGAUGAGCGCGACAGUUCGCCAGCAAAGUCACCAUCGCGUCCCCGUGCGGCUAUGGACUCGAACUUGUUAUCCCAGAUCAAAAACCUCUCUGUUCAGCCAGCUUCACACGGUGGCCUCGCGCUGAGCAAGUCGGACAAUAAGCUUGAUCGCUCUUCCAAGAACUUGGCCAAGGAUUCGGCAAGGGAUGCGCAGGACUUUGUGUCGCGGUCUCCAUUUGGCGCCAUCACCACGUCGCUCUCCCUGAUUGAAAUGCUCAUUCGGCUGGCUGGUCUGCAGGAGUUCCAGCAGGCUUCUCACUUGUCGAUUCCGGAUCACAUCUUGACAUUUUUCUUGGAGGAGACGUCGACGACUGGGCUGACUGGAGAGGCUAGGUGGAGGGCGAGAAGCGAGACGAAGCAGCGCGUUGGGUUUGACCCCUAUACUGACAAGGCAUAAUGGAUUGUU